GAGGGAAGAACUGCAAGCACAUGGUGUUCGUCGCGGGCUUCACAGGCACGUGGGACAAGGAUGAGGUCGAGAAGCACUUGCGUACGGAGCUCGCCAGGGCGAUCUCCCUAGAGGCGCAGGGGAUCACGGAGAUCUACGGGGUGGGGAGGUUCUGCGACCAGGCCAAAGUGGUCUUCGCGAACAAUCAAAAGAUGUGGGGCUUCAUGCAGCGCUGGAAGGGCCAGGAGAUCCCAUGCCCUGGAGCGCGCAACGACAAGCUGUGGCACAAGGUUGACCAGGGGCCCCACGAGGUGGAGCUCUCGCGGCGGGUCAGUUGCGCGGUGAGGAUCCUGCGCGAGUUCGGCAUUCAGUCGGGAUUGUGCACGGAGGAGUCGAAGCAGCGGACUUUCGACGGCGACUGGGACCGCGGACAGGUGGUCUUCCGCAAGAACAGUACGGAGAGGCCAGUUCGCCUACUGCAGCGCUCCAGGACGUCAGACAUGCUCGAGGUCAGCACCGACGCCCCGGCAGCGGCUGUUCUGGACCAGGAGCUCAAGGAUCUCAAGCUGCACGAGCGGCUGAGCGAGAUCAACGACCCUCCGAGGUGUGCGAUAGCGGUGGCCAACUCACUGGCGCCCUCCGUCAUUGGCGAGCCGCAGUUCCACGGUCGCACCAUGGCCCUGGACUUACAGUUGCCUAUCUGGGGUCGAGUGCGGGCUAUCACUAGCCACCUGUUUUCGCAUAUCGUUCGAUGUGAGUACGCGGAGACCGUCCAGCAGUUACGAGAAUGCUUGAUUACCAUGCCGAUUGAUUGCCACGCCAUUGUCAGCAUCGAUGCCCAGGACGGCCUAGGGAUGCCUGACGGAGACACUGUGGGCCCUUUCUCUACUUCCGAGAUGACCUGGCGAGGCGAGAUGCUUCGCGACCUUAUGACCGAGUUCGAUCUGAUAGCUGCUAAUACUUAUUCCCGUGGACAGUGGGGCCAGGCCACCUGUUUCUUUGACAAUCGCAAGGAGCCUAGACAGAUCGACUUCAUGUUGAUCCACCGCGACUGGUUGCCGCGGACGCACUGUCAGGCCCGCUUCACCGACGCCUCUUCGAGCGACCACCUGCCGCUCCUCCUGCGCUGCCACGCUGGCCAAGGUGUUCCCACGAUAGAUGGCCACACCGAGCUGACACCGAUGGAGACCAUUGAGCGACCACCACGGAAGCCCGUGGGCUGGCAGGUCGAGGACCCUGAGCUGUUCAACUCCACCAUCUGCACGUCCCUGGAGAUCAGCUACACCCCGCCAGAGACCGCGAUGUACACUGAGGGGGACAUGACGAACGCGAUGGGGAUCUUUACUGACGGCUCUGCUCGGCGUGGACGAGAUCGACAGCGACGUCAUCGGUGCCAUGCGGCUGGCUGGGGUUUCGCACUCUAUCACGUAGCCGAGCCGAAUGACCAGGAUACCAGCCUUCUGGAGGUCUGUGGUCAGGUCACCACUGACGUGCAGGACCCUCGAUCUGUGGGCGCGACAUGUUUAUCGGCGAACACGGGUGAGCUGACAGCCAUCAUUGAGGCGCUGCUCUGGCUACUCGGACAGCGUUUACUCGUUCAGCCACUAGUACGGGACGGCACCCGCAUCAUCGUCAGCACCGAUUCCACGUACGUGCGCAACCUGCUGCAGGGUGUCUUCCAGCCGAAGGAGAAUUUUGAGCUUGCGACCCUGGCCACCCACCUGUGGCGGCGCUGCCAGACCGCUUAUGACAUGAUCAUCAGAUGGGUGAAGAGCCACAACGGGAACACGGGCAACGAGCAGGCAGACUACCUCGCUAAGAAGGGCAGUGGCCAGCGCUACAGCGACAGCCACUGGAGACGGCCAUAUCCGACACCUGACUGGGACUCGGCUGGCUUCCAGGACACCUGUGCUGCCCGCCGCGCAGCCUGCCGUGCGGAGCGGAAGCGACGCCGGGCCGACAUCCUCAGGGAGGACGCGGGUGCCGCAUUGGGUCUUCACCUGACAGCGCCUACGGCGACUGCUUCCAGCACGCGUCAGGGUAUCGCCUCGCUGGGCCUCCUGUCAGCCGCCAUCUGCGCGGCCGCCGCGAAGGCUGGCCACGUCCCACGCCGAGGCCGGUGGCGGCCGCCGCCAGGCGACGCCCAGUUGCUCCAGCUGCAGGCCCUGGAGCGCGCGCGAGCCGCGGAGGAGGACCCGAGAGUGAGACACCUCAUGGGGCCUGCGGUCUGCAAGCUGAAGCGGGCUAUGAGAGACCGAUGUUCCACUGAGCACCUGGCCCGUCUGUGCGAGCGAGGUCGGGCCGAGAAGGCCUACAAGACGGGACGCCCAGUACGCUGCCUUGACAAGAUGGAUGGCGGCCAGGCUACCACCAGUGCCGAGAGACUGCAGGAGGCUCACACCUUCUACACUCAACUGUUCCAGGACGCGACCAGUGACCGACAGCUGCCAGAUUGGAUCCACCAGCAGUGGUCAGCCGAGGAGCAACAACAGUCCGUGCCUUUGAGCCUCCCGCUUCUCUGCAUGUGCAUCGGCCGCCUCAAGAGCUGCAAGUCCUGCGACGAGACUGACAUGAUCGUGGGCGAAAUGCUCCAGGGGCUGGAGAAGGACGUCUUAGAGCACCUGCUGCAGGCCUUCAGACUGCGGCUCAGGAAUCACACCUCGGAAUAUUUCGACACGGCCUGGAGUGGCCACGUGGUUCAGCUCAUCCGAAAAGUGCCAGAUGCCCGAAAGAUCAGUCAGCUUCGCCCGAUAGCCCUGAUUUCGGUGUUGCAGAAGAUACAGAGCAUGAUGGUGAUGGAAACGCAGCGAG